AGUCUGACGGGAGUCCUCAUGACGCUGGUGUAGAAGACAGCUGAGGAGCUCAGUUUCUAGGUAAGAAUGGCAGUGGAGAAACGCCUGGCGUAUGCAAUCGCACACUUCCUACGAGAUCAGACACACGGUGGAGCUUUGAACGCAGAUGAACAGGAGAGCCUUGAGGUUGCAAUUCAGUGUUUGGAGACCACGUUCAAGAUCAGCUCCAGUGACAGUCAUCUGUCUGUCUCUCAGCCACUAAGAGAGAUCUUCCUUAAUGCUUUGCUCCAGAAUGACAACGUCCCUCUACCAGAGACGUCUCCUUCUCCCGUGGACACUGAACAAGCAGAACAACUUAAAAAUGAAGGGAACAACCACAUGAAGGAGGAGAACUACAGAUGUGCAGUCGAGUGUUACACAAAGGCCAUUGAUCUGGACCUCAGAAACGCUGUGUAUUACUGCAACAGAGCUGCAGCUCACAGCAAACUGGGGAAUUAUACUGAGGCGACUAGUGACUGUGAACGAGCCAUUAAGAUCGACUCAACGUACAGUAAAGCGUAUGGGAGGAUGGGUUUAGCUUUGACAGCUAUGAACAAGUAUCCCGAAGCCAUUUCCUACUUUAAGAAGGCUCUGGUGCUGGAUCCUGAGAAUGACACGUACAAAUCCAACCUGAAGAUUGCAGAGCAGAAACACAAAGAAGCGUCCAGCCCUAUGGCAGCUGGACUUGGAUUUGACAUGGCGAGUUUAAUCAACAACCCUGCCUUCAUCAGCAUGGCUGCAAGCGUGAUGCAGAACCAACAGGUCCAACAGCUGAUGUCAGGAAUGAUGUCAAACGCAGUCGGAGGUCCUGCAGCAGGAGUAGGAGGAAUGUCCGACAUUUCCAGCUUAAUUGAAGCGGGCCAACAGUUUGCUCAACAAAUCCAGCAGCAGAACCCGGAGCUCAUCGAGCAGCUGAGGAACCACAUCCGGAGCCGCUCUUUCAGCGGCAGUGCUGAGGAGCACUCAUGAUCUGUUUGGGCAGAGUCACCACAUGGCACGAUAACAAUCUCUACACCUAUUUCUUCAAAUCUAAUCUUUGGCAGAGCUGGAAUGAAGAGACAAGGAUGAGGUUGAAGGCACUUUAUGGAGACUGAAAGACUAAGAAAACAUCUCUCAAACACCUGAUCAUUAAAAACAAGCCAAGGCGUCCUUCAGCCCUCUGACAGACCACGAGUGAACGUCUCCUCCAGAUGUUUUAUUCUGUUCAAACCUUCUCCUCUCUUCAUGCUCUGAGCUGAGAAUCCUCACGUUUUAGUCACGAUACAGACUCAGAAAGGAAUGUACUUCAGCUGCAGUGCAGGAAACAGUUCAGCUUUUUUUGUUUGUACACAGAUCAUCAGGUAUAUUUGUUUAUAUUGAUGAUUAAUAUUAUUUUUGUAGUCAGAAUUCACUGUAUUUGCUUUCGAAAAAAAAAACUGGUUUAGUCCUGGAACACACAGGACUCACAUUUUCAUUUUCAAUGCAUAAUAGUUCAACUUUGAAUGAAGACAAUAUGAUGUUGGAUGCCCCACCCCUUUAAAUCAUUUUAUUGGUGAUUAUUCAUAUUGUUUGCAUGCUCUUAAAUC